AAGGAGACACGCCCCAUCCGCCUAUGAAACAGCACAGCAUAACAUGAAAUUCACAUCAACAUCACAGACUCACACACACACAUACACAUACACAUGCACACCCUUCCUUAAUUUUAACGAUUCCCCAACCGCCCACGUUCCUCCAACGCUUCCACCACACAUAUAUUCACACACCAACAAAUCCCUCUCCAAUCUCACUCUCACUCCAUCCCCACCCACCCUUCUUAUAUCACACCUCUCCCAAAUAAAUGUUCCCACAUACCCUUAUUACUGCCGCUGCCCUUCAACACAUGUUGCAACAUCAUCAUCACUUUCCAACCCCAAUGGAACAACGUUCGAGGUGGAAACCCAACAUUGAGGUCGCGCCCAAUUGCCCUCGUUGCGCUUCCACCAACACCAAAUUUUGUUACUACAAUAACUACAGCUUGUCGCAGCCCCGCUAUUUCUGCAAAGCCUGCAGACGCUACUGGACCAAAGGCGGCUCUCUCCGCAACGUCCCCGUCGGCGGCGGCUGCCGAAAGAACCGCCGCGGCAAGUCCUCCUCGCGCCACAACCAAACCCAACGCUCUUUCGUCUCCGCUUCUUCUGAUGACACCGAGUCUUCACCUGAAGAUGCCCAUCGAAACAACAACGGCUCUCGUGAAAUAGACAUGGCCCUUGUGUUCGCCAAAUUCUUGAACCCGAAACAAAACGUUGGAGAGGAUAACAAUGCCUCCUCUUCUUCCAACAAUUACUUCACACCGCCCGGCGUUCAAACGGAGAAUGAUAUCGCUGUUGUUCAGUCGCCGAACAAGGGUUUGUCGUCGGAUCCUGUCAUUGUUGACUCCGAUGCAGUAGUGGCAAUUGAGAAUUUCGGUAGGGAGGAAUUGAGUUUGGGUGAGAUUGACGAGUUGGAGAAGCUUCUGGGUGUGAGUGGUGAUGAAGAUGGUCUUUGGUGUGAUGCUACCUUGUCCUCUUCCGUUACUUGGGAAGCACCCGUGAAGGAAAUGCAGUUGCAGGAAUUGGAAUACUCGAUGCCGUUGAAUGAAAACGAUGCCCAAUUAUUGCCCAUCACUUCUGCGUCUACCCUGCAUUCAAUGAGUGACACUUGCUGGAGCACUUGGAGCUCCUUUGAUCUUUCAGCCAUGGAAGUGUUCUCAUCAACUCCUUGAUAAUUCGAUCUGAUGAUUUUACAUGAACUUCAUAAGAUCUGAUCUUCUUCUUAUUAUUUGAAAAGAAGAGAAGAAGCAGACACAGUUAAUUAAUUACGCUGCGUACCUCACAUGUGUUCCUAUAUUGAUAAAGGUAAUUAUAAAAAGGUAGAAUCUUAUAGAAAUUGUUUGUGUUUAGUGGAUGUAGAAUAAAGUUGUAUUUCGGGUCGUAGAAAUGAUGUUGAGAAAGCUACAUAUACCCUCGGAUCUGUACCUUUUGGAAUAUAUACAUACUAAUGAUAUAGAUACUAUAAAGUCGAAUUUUCUAUGCAAUCUCUUGACUCUCCAUAUCGUACGUUAAUUCUUGUAGCCGUUGAUUUCAGUCAAAAUUUUAGUUACAGCUCAACCCUAUGAAAUAAGAUAGAAUUACAACUUUGG